CGUCUCUAUAGGGAAGAUAAACACAGCCAUUUUCUAAGAAGUCUAAACAUGUAUAAGAGGGAAUCAUUCGUGGAAAUAUUAACUAUUGUGUAGUAAAUAUGGCAUAAAUCAUAUACACACUGCGCUGGGUCUCAUAUUAGACUGGUUAGUAAGCUUCAACAGAUCACAACGUCUUCAUUUGAUGUUUCCUGACAAACCAUAAAAUAUAUCACACCCACAUUGUGUUUAGUGUUUUGUUUUCAACAUCUCCAGUGUGUUCUAUACUUAAGUGUUCUAUUUGCAAAAACAUCUAUAGUGUGUUAUAUACUUUAGUGUUUUAUUUUCAACCAGGACAUUGCUAGUGUGUUUCUGAACAGUCUAUCUGUUAUUAUACAGUCUAUCUAAAAUUAUAAAGUCUAGUGUGUAUCUAAAAUUGUGUGUCAUAGCAGAAAAAAUGGCCACCAGUUUAAAUAAACUCAAAUGUCCAAUCUGCUGUGAUAGUUUUAAGACACCAAAGGUGUUACCUUGUGGGCACACUUUUUGUGAAGAUUGUAUUGACGUUAACGUUUGUGAAAAAACAGAGAAAUUUUUAUGUCUUAUUUGUGGACAGCGGCAUAAGAUUGCUGAAGGUGGGGCUAAAAUGUUAACUACCAAUUUAGUACUGAUAACACCGAAACGUACCACCACAGUAACAGAUCAGCCUUCAUCUACAGAGAAACCAAAAUGUCCAAAUCACAGUGAAAGUGAGGUAGAUUAUUACUGUACUGAUUGUAGGCUCGGAAUGUGCUCAAGGUGUGCACUUAACGAUCACAAAGAUCACGAAACACUUGAUGUAAAUAGCGAAGAGACCAGAGCUAUGACUACAGAACAACUUGAACGUUCACGACGUGUCAUACGAAACAAAAUUAAGGAGUUAGAAAGUCUUCAGGCUACAUUGGCAGAGACGUCUGUUAAACUCCAAACCAUGUGCGACGAAGCAUGUGCGGAAGUCGAACGAAGAACGGAGAACACUAUCGCUGAAUUACGAGAGAGAUGUAACGUAAAAAGACAGAAUAAUCGAUUUGGUAGAUAAUUAUAUUGGUUUCAGGGAGUUGAAUAAACAAAAUAUCUACUCCCUGUCUACAAUGUUUAUAAGAUGGGAUAGUAAAAGCUAACAAUCCGAACCACAAAACAUAUUCGAAUUUCAAAACAAUAUAAUAAAAAUACGUUGGUAGCAGCUAAUGAACUUUUCAUAUGAGGAAGUAUUUCAAUCAAUCAUAGGGAAGUUCUUCAUAAUGAAAAGAUAUAUCACCAAUCACAUUUUAUACUUGUGAACAUUUUCAUUUUAUCUUAGAAAUGUAUAGAGCUGUACUCGGAGAUAGCUGCAAUGGUUAUCGAUCGUCGAACCAUCAGUUUGUUGUUCAGUUUGAUACAUCGCAUAUCAGAGAAAUGUCAUUGGAAUAAAGCUUAGUCAGUAAAAUAACUAGACACGAUAUUAUCUAUUCGUUAAUUGAAACGCCUGUUUUUGUAGAUACAUGUACAUUUAUAUGUUUGUGUAAUUGUAAAUAUUUGUGUUUUUUUAUUUUCUUAUUGUUUUUUUUUCUAGAAUUCAAUUUAACCGGAACGUGAACACAUCCUGUUGAUUGGACAAUAUUUAGCAGUCAUGCCUGACUAGAGCUCUAUACUAAAUAUUUAGCUGUACAGUCAUGUCUGACUAGAGCUUUAGACUAUAUAUUUAGCUGUACAGGCAUGCCGGACUAGAGCUCUAGACUAUAUAUUUAGCUGUACAAGCAUGCCUGACUAGAGCUCUAGACUAUAUAUUUAGCUGUACAGGCAUGUCUGACUAGAGCUCUAGACUAUAUAUUUAGCUGUACAGGCAUGUCUGACUAGAGCUCUAGACUAUAUAUUUAGCUGUACUAACCAGUCAUGUCUGACUAGACCUCUUGACUAUAUAUUUAGCUGUACUAACCAGUCAUGUCUGACUAGAGCUCUAGACUAUAUAUUUACCUGUACUAACCAGUCAUGUCUGACUAGACCUCUUGACUAUAUAUUUACCUGUACUAACCAGUCAUGUCUGACUGGAGCUCUAGACUAUUUAGCUGUACUAAUCAGUCAUACGAGAGAACAAAGCUUAUAAUUUGACUAAAAGAAUUCAAAUAUCGAUUGUUAUUUUACAUUUCGGGAAUCUGUUUUCUACAACUUACCUAACUGGCACUGCAGCCUUAAACGUGUUAUACAAAAUCCUCACAUGUACAUGUAUAUUAUAUAUUAUAUAAAAUUUCAUGAUUAUAUAGAUGGUUUUGUAGAAUGGAAUAAAUUAAUUACAGUGUUU